AAGUCUCAUCCCUCUUAAGGACCACCGGCGUUGCUCUUUAGGCCGCCACUAGAAGACGCAUAAUGAAACACGACCCUCCCCUAACCUCCUCCUUGAUUACAAGAUCGUAACGCACCAACGGUCAUGUGCAGCAUUACUAGCCUCAGGACUUGAUUACUGGCCUUAUAAUUACUAUUAAUUGUGUCAUCUACAUAUAGCCAGCCUUUGAUGACUCGCAUAUAAAUAUCCUCGUUGUCCACGCCUUCAAUUUAUUCUGGCUUCUCAAUACGGUAAUACCAUAUCUCUUGCUCACGCUCAUAGUGUUUCAUACCCACUCUGUGUAAGUCUCUCUCUCUCUCUCUCCCUCUAGUUAAUUGGAGGUUAUAACCUUCUCAAUGUGUAUAUCGUCGUAUAUAGAAAGACCAACCCAAACCCUUUUGGAUAAUUCAUUCUUUGUUUCACUCCUUAUAUAUAUAGGAAUUAGGCAGGAGGGUGACAAGGUUGGGUGGAUUGAUUGAUUUAGGGAGUGUCGGAUAAGGUGACCAGAUGCAAAGUUUGGUUCAGUUUUACUUGUUUCUUAUUUGUUUUUCUGCUGUUCUUGAGUUUGUUCAAAAUUUUCUGGGAUUCUUCGGGAUGGAUUUUGUGUUUGGGGUUUUGUUGUACGGUCGUUUCUCGCCGCUUUUUGUGUCAGGGUUGUCUCUCAUGUUCGGGUUUGGGUUGUUAUACAAUUACAACUAUUUGAUUAAAUUCGUAUGUGACAAUAGAGCGAAAGCCAGUGACUUUAGUAAUGGAUUUUGCUCAAACUGCGGUUCUCAUGAAGUUUGUGCUUCAAAGGCCGUGUCUUGCAAAUCUGAACCACUGAAAUCAUUGGAGAAUUUACAGUCAUUAAAUACAGAUGGUUUUCUGUUAACCAAAAUUGUCAAGGCAGAAGAUGCAAUUGAAGGAAAAGAUGAUAAUGAUGGUGACAAUGAUGAUGAGAAUGUUUGUUGUAAGGAGGAUGAAGUGUUUGAUGUUCUGUCAUUGAGGAAAUUGGUAAAGAUUGAGCGCCGGCGGGGGGAUGAGGCACGUGCAGAACUCGAGAAGGAAAGGAUGGCUGCUGCAUCUGCAGCUGAGGAAGCAAUGACCAUGAUCUUGCGUCUUCAGAACGAGAAGAGUUCUACUGAAAUCCAAGCCAAUCAUUAUCGCCAGAUAGCUGAGCAGAAGCAGCAAUAUGAUGAAGCAGUGAUUCAGUCCUUGCAGUGGAUUAUAAUGAAACACGAAUCCGAGAGGAGUCAAUUGGAAGAGCAACUGAGGCUGUGCAGGCAAACGUGCAAUGGUCAGUCUGAGGAAGGUGAUCCAAGUAAAAACCUGUUCGAUUCCACCACAUUGGAAGAUGAUGGCCUCGAAGAUGUCUUUGAUGCACAUUGGAACUCCAUCAUUAUUCUCCUAGUGUUGUUGAAUGGUUUGUUACUGUGAAGCACAAAUUUCUAUUUGCAAAUAUGUGUGGAAUUCUGGGUAUGUUAUUGAAGUACCCACUUGCAUAUGUGUACACAAUUGAAUACUCUGGAGUCUGGUGUACUAACAUCAUAUCAUCAUUUUAUCAAUGAAGGGCAUAUGGGAUGGAGAUUUUCUAUUUACUUGUUCUUGUUACAGAAGCAAGUCGAUCCACGCACAUUGCCGUGCGUGUGUUCGAGAGGCAAUUUGUAUUCACAUACAUUCGAUGACAUUUUUAGUAAAAAUUUAGG